UUUUUUGAAGAUAAAAUGUCGGAAAGACAAGAGACUGGAAUAUCUGGAGUAGACUCGUGUUCAGAAUAUGUGGAGAAUAGAGGUCUGCUAGGAGGAUUCUCCUUAUUGUCCUCGGAGACAGAGGAUAUGGGCAGUAGAGCAGUGUUUGAGUCUACCCUGCUAACUGAACCAAUAGGGGCUGACAAAAUCAGCCCCUUCAGAUCGUUCCCAAGUUUGUCUAGUAUUCAUAGCCUUAGUCCUGGUUCCUCAAAAUUUAUUCCACAACCUAAACAUUCUACUCGACUACCCAAAACAUCUACUCCAGUACCUGAAACAUCUACUCCAGUACCUAAAACAUCUACUUCAGUAUCUAAAACAUCUACUCCAGUACCUAAAACAUUAUCAGUCUCUUCCAGCAUUUUACACCCAACUUAUCAAAAGAUACUUUUACCGUUAAACAUUGCGAAUAACAACAAGAAACGCGGCAGGAAAUUGAUGACAAAGAAAAAUGUCGGAUCGAUCAAAUUAAUGAACUGCCAGGUAACGUUGAGAAGGAUGAGAAGUGAAAAUUAUUCUGAACACCUGAUGACUGAUCAAUCUGAAGGGAACACUCAGAAUGGAGUAAUUGUGGAAGCUUUGAAUGAUGGAUCUAUUGUUGAAUCUAAACGCAAACGAUCCAAGGUCAGUCUUAAUUCUACAUUUAUGGCGGGCCACAGCAAUGUGCAGGUAUUUAUAUUGUAGGGUAUGAAUGGCAAGGAAGAUUUUGGAACAAUCUAGAUGGAUCUAGUCCAGUAGAAAUAUUGCUGUAAUUAUGUCAGGCCAAGGUCCCCAAGGCUCACCACACUUAUAGUGUGACGCCGCACAUUCUUAAUUUAGAACCUUUCCUUCGUUUUAGAGGCUUAAACAUUAGAUUUUAUUACAAUCCAGAGAUGAUUUCAAGGAUGUACAAGAGGAGGAAGACUUCAGUUGUCUUCAAUAUACAAUAUACAUAUUUUCAAUCCCUCAGACUAUGCUUCUAUCCUCAAAAAUGUCCAAUUUAGCAUAACCAAUAUUCUAAUAUUUACGCACAGAAACUU